CUUCGCUUUUUUAUUUCGCUACUUUCAUUGCGAGUCUCAAUAUGUUUGUCGCGAUACCCGGUUGACCAGCCAUAAGGCUCCUUUUCUAUUUCGAUUUUGCUUCAUUCUCUGCAAACCUCGGAGACGGCGUUAACACUGCGUCUUCCCCCGCGACCCCAAAAAAAAACAAGUGACGAGGGGUCUAAGGACACAUAUUGGCCUCCAUGACAAAAUCACCACCUAUUGUGUUUAUUGCCAGACAUGGCGCCCGCCUCGAUGCUGCAGACAAAGAUUGGCACUUAACCUCUCCAAACCCUUUCGACCCACCUCUUUCCUACGGUGGAUGGAUACAGUCUCGGGCACUUGGUGUACGUAUAGGAAGUCUCCUAAGGGACCGACAGUUCACUGGGGAAGAUCCAGAGAGUCACAGCCAUCAUCCGACCUCGGAUAAACAGGCAAAACCCACCCCCGCAUCUUCAGACCUGUCCCACCGAUAUAACGUCAUUGUUCAUACCUCUCCUUACCUUCGAUGUCUGCAAACUGCAAUAGGAGUUAGUGCUGGUAUCCACCAACAAGCCUCGGGCACAGAAGCAUCCGAAGCAACUAGUUCAGCUCCCACUGUCCCCACAGUUUCAUCUACCACUGACCAGCGAUGUCUGCUUCGCGUCGACGCAUUUCUGGGCGAAUGGCUAUCACCCGACUACUAUGACCAGAUCACGCCCCCGCCGGGCUCGGACAGAAUGGUGGCGUCUGCCAAAGGGGAGUUACUCCGUCGUGCCGAGGUCAUCCCAACCACCGAUGGUUUGACAAGGGCGUUUUCAGGCCACUUUCCUGGCGGUUGGCACAGCCAGUCACAUCAGUCACAGCCUACUUCGCCGGAUGAUGAAGACCGCGGCUUGCAUUCCGCAACAUCCCAGCGCCAGCGUGCCAGCACCCAUGACACUCUCCAGAACCCUAUCCAUCUCAAACAUGCAAAAAAGUCCCUCGGUCGCCUAGAAACAGACCUGCCGCCUACCCUAGACGAAUAUUACGUACCACCAACUCCCAGCUACGCCGUUUCCACAUCGGACCCCAUUCCUACAGGCUAUGUUGCUCAUGCACGGAACGCAUGUACGAGGAUCGACUACCAGUGGGACAGUAUGCGCACGCCUUAUUGGGGCACAGGGGGCGAGUUCGGCGAGGAAUGGAGUACCAUGCACGAACGAGUGCAGGAUGGAUUUCAGCACAUGAUUAACUGGUACCGGGAACAGGAUCUAUCUGAACUCGGUUCUACAGCGGAGUCGAGCGAGGUAAACGACAAUGCACAAACGGUCCUCGUUAUUAUCACACAUGGCGCGGAUUGCAAUGCUUUAAUCAGUUCAUUGAAUGGGCACUCGGUCUUACUCGAUAUUAACACAGCUUCACUCACUAUGGCUGUGCGACGCAACCGUGUCAAUAAACCUGCGCAUGACAUGGAUCACACGCCUAAAUCUCCGAGCCCUGACAACCAAUCGGUGUCACGGGAAUACUCCUUGCAGCUUGUGGCGUCGACAGAUCAUCUGCGCCCGGGAAUAAACCCCUCACAACUCAGCUCGCUGUCAUCUCCCUCCGUCCCCGUACUUUCACCGCCUCCGGUCCCUUCAUAUAGGAAUCGUCUUGGCGCUCGUCCAUCGCUCCUCCAAGAAACAUUAGCAAACGGCCCACCUGAUACCAGCCCUCGAGCAUGGACGCUAGCGAUGCGCCCGUCAACUAGUUCAACUAUUUCUCAAGGGGCCUCUCAAGGGGCCUCUGGGCUUUGGAACUCAAUCUCGUCGCCCACUGAUAAAGUGGAUACAGAGGACAACCUUGUGCCGAACUUCGGUGAUCGGCCAGUCAGUAGUCAGGAUUCGGCACCCUCUGAUAGGUCUGAUAGGUCUGCAGAUCUUGGCUGGACGAAGCAGUUACCACAACGGACACUGUCGCAGCGAGGUUUAUGGGGGAGUGCUCAGCCGUUGGGGGAUCGUGAAGGUGGAAAGCGGCGAUGGACGGUGGCGGAACAGAAGCUCUGA